AUGUCUCACUCACAGGCUAUCAACCGAUUCAUCGAGUUUAUCAACUCAGCUGAUGCCACCAUUGGCAACGAAGUCAUCCACGAGUCAGCUGAAUUCCACGUCCCUUUCGACGAAAAACCCCUGAAGGGCAUCAGCGGAUAUCUCGAAAUGCUAGGCAUGAUGCGCGCCGCCUUUCCGAAUAUCCAGUGGGGCGUCGAGCAGAUAAUCACAGAAGGAGACAAAGUCGUGCUGCGUUCCAAAACCCGUGGCACUCAGACCGGUCCUUUCAUGGGAUUUGCGCCGUCUGGAAAAAGCUUCGAAAUCGUUGGAAUGAACCUCUUUACACUCGCGAAUGGGAAGAUUGUUAAAGAGCAGGGGUUACCUGAUCUAUUUGGGAUCCUUGUACAGAUUGGAGCAGUUAAAAUUCCUUUGUAG